AUGAUUGGGUUAGAAAGUAAUCAUCAAAAGUUUUUGGGAGGCGAUGUUAUGUGGAUAAGUCGCAAGUUGCUUACCGAGAAACUAUUAAAAACAAAGUGGACUGUUUUUACUAAUUCAGUUUUAUCUUCUGCUCUUUUGCAUGAUCUGGAAAUGUGUAAUGGUUGGAAAUUAUAUCAUCAUGGAACUUGUGAAAAAAAUUGGCGAACAGAAUUUCCAUUAAACACUGAUAAAGAUUUAAAAUUUUCAAAAGGGAAUGAUGUUCUUCUAUUCCCUGAUAAUAUUUUAAUUUAUAAUGUAAAUCCAAAAAAUGCUUUAGAAUUUUUUAAAAAAUUUUUAUUACCAUCACCAUCAUCAACGCCGCAGCCGCCGCCGUCAUUGUCAAAUCAAGAACAAAAUAUUUAUUCUUCAACUAAUUUUCAAGUAGAUCCGAUACCAUACAAAGCUGUCAUAGUAAUAUGUUCACAUAGACGUCGUGAUAAAAGAUGUGGCAUAACAGGCCCAAUAUUAAAAAAUGAAUUUGAUAGAAUUUUAAAAGAUAGAGGUUUGGAUGUAGAAAAUAAAAAAAAUGAAGGCGUGGCUGUGUUUUUAAGUAGUCAUAAAUAUGCCGGCAAUGUUAUAGUUUAUCGAGAUGGUCAAGGCAUAUGGUAUGGUCAUGUGAUUCCAUGUCAUGUUGAAAACAUAAUAGAAUCAACUGUUAUCGAAGGAAAGGUAAUAAGAGAUUUGUAUCGUGGAUCAAUGAAUGGAAGUUUUGGUCCAGGAAAAGGCGGAAGGCUAGAUUGGUGA